GUCAAAUACUUCAUACUGUUUACUAAUGUCGUUGUGGUUUGUAAUAAUUUAAUAUUUUCAUUCUAAAAAAGUUUAUUGAAGUAGUUUUAAUAAAAUUAGAAAUUUAGUAUAGUUUACACCAUGGCUAACGUGAUAGAGAUCCCUCUAAGGGAUACAGACGAGGUAAUCGAAUUAUAUUCAGAUCAAUUACCAGAAGGCGAUGAAGUUCUUGGUAUACUUCGUCAAGAAAAAACCCAACUUUCAGUAUGGGUUAACUUAGCUCUGGAAUACUAUAAACAAGGAAAAAUUGACGACUUCAUAAAAAUACUGGAAUCAUCUAGGACAGAUGCAAAUACAAAUUACCGAGAUUACGAGAAGGAUCAAAUGCGUGCUUUAGACAUGCUCGCUGCUUACUAUGUCCAAAAAGCCAAUAAAGAGAAAAACAAAGAUCGCAGGAGAGAGUUGUUUACCAAAGCCACCUUACUUUACACAACAGCAGAUAAAAUCAUCAUGUACGAUCAAAACCAUCUACUGGGUCGAGCUUAUUUCUGCUUGUUGGAAGGAGACAAAAUGGAACAGGCCGAUGCUCAGUUCAACUUUGUCUUGAACCAAUCGCAAAAUAACAUCCCUUCACUGCUGGGUAAAGCUUGCAUAGCAUAUAAUAGGAAAGACUACAGAGCCGCCUUGGCGUUUUAUAAGAAGGCUUUGAGGACGAAUCCCAAUUGUCCUGCAGCCGUGCGGUUAGGUAUGGGCCAUUGUUUCAUAAAACUUAAUAAUUUGGAAAAAGCUCGACUAGCGUUCGAGAGAGCUUUAGAGUUAGAUCCGAAAUGCGUGGGCGCUUUAGUAGGUUUAGCAAUACUGAAAUUAAAUUUGCAACAACCCGAGUCGAUCAAGGCCGGAGUGCAAAUGUUAUCCAAAGCCUACAACAUCGAAUCGUCAGAUCCGAUGGUGUUGAACCACUUAGCCAAUCAUUUUUUCUUCAAAAAAGAUUACAAUAAAGUGCAACAUUUGGCUUUGCACGCAUUUCACAACACAGAAAACGAAGCCAUGAGAGCUGAAAGUUGUUACCAAUUAGCCCGAUCGUUUCAAGUCCAAGGCGACUACGAUCAAGCCUUUCAAUAUUACUAUCAAGCCACCCAAUUUUCUCCAGCUUCGUUCGUGCUACCCCAUUUCGGCUUAGGGCAAAUGUACAUUUACAGAGGAGACACAGAAAACGCGGCACAAUGUUUCGAAAAAGUACUCAAAGCCCAACCGGGAAACUACGAGACGAUGAAAAUUUUGGGUUCGUUGUACGCCAACUCGACAUCGCAAUCGAAAAGGGACAUCGCCAAAGUCCAUUUAAAGAAGGUUACCGACCAAUUCCCCGAGGACAUCGAGGCGUGGAUCGAACUGGCCCAAAUACUCGAACAAAGCGACUUACAGGCCUCUCUCAACGCCUACGAAAUGGCGAUGCAGCUGCUGAAGAAGAACGUACAGUCCGAAAUACCGGUGGAGAUUUUGAACAACGUCGGCGCCUUGCAGUAUCGUUUGGGUAAUCUCGAAGAGGCGAAAAAGAACAUCGAAAAGGCUAUAAACAGGGCGAACAACGAAGCUACGCACGAUCCACAGUAUUACAACUCGGUAUCCGUAACGAUGACCUACAAUUUGGCGCGUCUGAACGAAGCCACUUGCCUAUUCGACAAAGCAGAAAAACUCUACAAGGACAUUUUGAAGGAGCACCCGAAUUACGUCGAUUGCUAUUUACGAUUGGGUUGCAUGGCGAGAGACAAAGGACAUUUCUACGACGCUUCGGACUGGUUCAAGGAAGCCCUGAGGAUCGAUACCGAACAUCCCGACGCCUGGUCCUUGCUGGGGAACCUCCAUUUGGCCAAGCAGGAGUGGGGACCCGGCCAGAAGAAAUACGAACGAAUUUUGAAAAACCCUUCGACGUCCCAAGACGCCUAUUCGCUCAUCGCCCUCGGCAACGUUUGGCUGCAGACCCUGCACCAGCCGACGAAGGACAAGGAGCGCAUGAAGAGGCACCAGGACCGCGCGUUGAACCUCUACAAGCAAGUGCUGAAAAUCGAUCCGAAGAACAUCUUCGCCGCGAACGGCGUCGGCGCCGUGUUGGCCCACAAGAACGCCGUCAACGAGGCCCGCGACAUAUUCGCCCAAGUCAGGGAAGCCACCGCGGACUUCUCCGACGUCUGGCUGAACAUCGCCCACGUCUACGUCGAACAGAAACAAUUCGUCAGCGCCAUUCAGAUGUACGAAAAUUGCCUGAGAAAAUUCUACAAAUUCAGCAACGUCGAAGUGCUGCAGUAUUUAGCGAGGGCCUAUUUCAAAGCCAACAAAUUCAAAGAUGCUAAAAUGGUGUUACUUAAAGCCAGAAGAGUCGCUCCACAGGACACUAUAUUACUCUACAACAUCGCUUUAGUUCUCCAAAGAUUAGCAACGGUUAUUCUCAAAGAUGAAAAAUCGACUUUAUCGACCGUAUUGCAAGCCGUGCACGAAUUGGGUUUAUCUCUAAAAUACUUCAAUUACUUGGUGAAAUUGGCCGACAAGCAACGCUACGACGUGGCGAUGGCGGAACUGGAGGCGAGACAGUGCAAAGAUCUCCUGUCGCAAGCGCAGUACCACGUGGCGCGAGCGCGCCGCGUCGACGAGGAGGAGCGCACGAUACGCAGGAAGCAAGAGGAGGAGCGCGCCGCCUUCAAGCAGCGCCAAAUCGAAGAGCAGAAGAAGCUCGAGGAGUUCCAGCGGCUCAACAAGGAGCAGCUGCUGCAGAAGCGGCAGGAGUACAAAGAGAAGACCAAAAACGCCAUCAUAUUCACGGAGAUGCCGUCGGAGAAGCGCGCCAAGACGAAGGGCCGCGGCCGCGGCGACGUCCUGUCCGAUUCGGGCAGCGAUCGCGAGAACGUCGAGGGCGCCGCGCCGAGCGAGAGGCGGGAGCGCGGCCGCGGCAAGAGGCGCUUCGAGGGCGAGCGCCGGAGGAAGGGCAAAGGUCGCAAGCCGAAGGACAAUCGCAGCGACGACGAUUCGGAGGAGCCCGGUCGCAAGCGGCACAGGAAGAAGAAGGACCCGAGAUCGAGGAAGGACGAAGGGCUCAGCGCCAAGCAGAAGAGCCGGAUCGUUUCUAAAGCGACUAUAUCGUCUAGCGACGAUGAUACCGAUAACGAGGAUCGCAAGUUGGUCGUGGCGAGCGGCGAGGAGAGCGACGCGGGCGGUAGCGGCAGGAGAAAGCGCAAGAUAUCGUCGUCGUCGGGAUCGGGCUCGGAUAGAUCGAGGUCGAAGAGCGGGUCGCGAUCCAGGUCCGGUUCGAAGAGCGAUUCGAGGUCUAGAUCGAGGUCUAAGAGCGGAUCGCGUUCGAGGUCUAGAUCGAAGAGCGGGUCCAGGUCGCGUUCGAGAUCGAAGAGCGGAUCGCGAUCGAGAUCCAGAUCGAAGAGCGGGUCGAGAUCGAGGUCGAGGUCUAGAUCGAAGAGCGGAUCUCGAUCGCGUUCGAGAUCGAAGAGCGGGUCCAGGUCGCGGUCGAGAUCUAAGAGCGGAUCGCGGUCGAGAUCGAAAAGUGGAUCGAGAUCUCGGUCCGGGAGCGGUUCUAGAUCGCAUUCGAGAUCGUCUAGGUCCCGCAGCGGAUCGAGAUCCAGGUCCGAGGGCGGUUCUAGGUCUCCUUCGAGGUCUAGGUCGAAGAGCAAGUGAAAUAAAUAAUUGUGUAAUAACAAAUAAAAACUUAUUAAUAUAAAAAUCAUUUAUAAAGGCGUUUUAAUCUAUUAGUUCGUCGACGUUUAACUUGUGAGCAUUUACAUACGAAAUUUUCAUUUUUAAACCUCUUUGCGAACUGACGGUAUUUCUUCAACCAGUCGCAAUACAUGAUUAUCACAUCCGAAAUCAAGGUAACUAUAUAGGCAAUUUUUAUAAAAACAAGCAUCUUUUUAUAUAACAAAUUGCCCAUAUAAAUCACUAUUACGUCUUUUAAUGUAAAGGCACUCAUUGUUGUUAGUUAAAAAAUUAAAAAAAUAUAAUAGUUCCACUUUAUGCAAUAUCGGCGAAAACAACUAUUUAAAAGUAAUAAAAGUUUACUUACUUGAACGCAAAUCACUUUUAAUUUUGCGAAAAGUUAUUUGAAAAGAAAAAUUACACAAUAUAAUUACACUUAUGUCAAAAUAAAUAAAAAUCGAGACAAACGCGCCGCCAACGUGAUAAUCGAAAGGGAACUAAUUAUGACACAUUCUCGUUUUAUCAAGUAGUCGACCAAAUUCGAUUCCUUCGCGCUGAUGCCGCCUUGAUUUUAAAAUACAAUAAGAAGAUUUGACAGGAACUUUUAUUUUCGCCGAUAUUAUGAAUUCAUAGAUCCAUCAAUAAAUAAAACUCAAAAAUAUUGCACUUUUGAUAAAAAGUCCUGCCUAAAGCUAGAUUCCAAAGAACUUGUAUUUAUUCAAAAGAUUUUUGAAAUUUAUAUGAAAUAUUCGUUGAAUAAUGUUGAGGUGAUGAUAUUGUGAGAACAAUGGAUAUUAGUGAAAAAAGUGAUAAUAUUAAAUAUAUUUAGCUAAACUAGGAUUUCUAGAUACAAGUAAUCUCUUAAGCAGGGCUUUUAUUAGACUUUUCUUAAAAAUAAAAAACAUUUUUGACAUCGAGUCACUCCUACAUAAAGCGGAACAGUACAACACUAAUAAUACAUGUAUAUUUUUCAUGUCGUUAAAAUUACAUUAAAAUUUAAAGAGCGAAAUCAAUACCAUUACCAAAUGUGGGUUAGUGAUGUGUAAUAAAUUGGAAGUUACAAUAAGGAAGUGAUGACUCUCGUCAAAUCUAAGAUUAAUCGAAUAAAUAAUUGAUGUAUAGGUACUGGCACAGUAAUUUUACUCGUGAUGAUCGAUCCUCAACUCCUACAAAAACAAGCAACAUUUAUGUCAACGUGCAUGAAAACCAUUAUCGAUGCUUACGUUAUUUUCUUGUGUGCUUCUAAUUUGCAAGUGACAUAAGGGUUUUGCAAUAUCCGGGGUGUGGUUUCCAUAACGCGCAACAGCAAAUCGUCCAAAUAGUCUUCCAGAUCUUUCAGCUUCUUCUUCUGCUUCUCCAAGUCGGUCUGGCUAUCGACCAAAGCCAAAAUCAAAUCCUGCAAACAAAGCUGUAACUCUCGACAAAUCUCGAUUAAUUUCGUGCGGUUACUUCUCUGGUUUUGCCCUCGAAUUUUUGUAGCAAUUCGUUUGAGACGCGACUGUUUUGGACAGGCGUUUUCGAUUCGUUCUCUCCUCCUAUAAUGAUUCGUUCACUUGCAUUACUACUAGGCUUACUCUGAUCGUGGUUAAAUUCAGAUUUAUCUAAAACACAUUCUACUUGCAACUACAAUAGGGAGACUCGUACAACAAGCAAUAGCACAUCCUAAUUAAAUCCAAUUAGAAAUAAUUUAAUACACUGCUUCUGGCUAAAAAUGGUAUAAACACAAACCUUUUCUGAAGUUCUUCAGCUUCGAAAACAUCCCCUCUUUUACUUCCUUUCGGGGAGUUUCCGGCGAUUUAUUGGAUUUCAAGCUGAUGGUAUCCAAUUUGCUCAACGGAACAUCCAGCAAUUCCGUCGGUUCUUCUUCUAUUUGUGAUGCUACUUUCGAAGAAUCCCACGACCUGCGGUUCAGGGA